UCUUGAUUUUUUGACGAAACGUUAUCCUAAUUUUGCGAAGCUGAAAUAUCCGAAAUUUUGACCUCUCUACUUUCCUCUUGAGAUCGCUGUGUAACGCCGACCACCUGAACUAAGAACCUAAUGACCGGAGAAGAGGUUACUGGUCCGGCGGGCCCUAAGAUUCUCCGUCUCCUCUAUUUCGCCGGCGCCGGAUUCAUUUGCAGCUUCGCCAUAAACAAGUGGCGGGAGAUCGAGCGCAAUUCUCUGUUGCAACAACACCAGAAGCAGCGGUUGAAUCAUCAAUUAUCCGAAUCUCGUAAUGAUACUGUGCAGAAAGUCGUCGAAUGAUCUCAGGGGUGGCUGCUCAAGGAUCUUAAGAUGCUUUCAGCUCAACAGUUAAGUCCAUCAUUUUCAACCAGAUUUCUUGUUAUUGUUGAGAGUACAUGUAGGAUUAUUGAUGUUUCUUAGCUAUGCUGCUGGGUAGAUUUUAGCCAAAAUACCAAGAAAAUGUUGCCUCUAUCAAUAGAACUGUUUCUUCCUUUCAUUCCUAAUCCAGCCAUCUCUCUGUCUCUAAUCUCUUUUAUAUGUACAAGUUCAUCAUGCUCUGAUGGAAACAUUAUUUUCAACUUAUCCUGACAAAGCGUAACUUAGAAGAAAUUUCUACCUUUUCUA